AUAGUAGACAAAGGAAUCCGAUUGGAGAAUCAGUCGGAUUAUUACCGAAGUUAUAUAUUUAUUUACCAAAAUUGAGCAACAGGUGAACAGUGUCUGGUUUAUACAGCGUGUAAGAACCGGAAACAGGUCAAAAGACGGGAAAAAAGAAAGAAAGAAAGAAAGAAAACCCCUAAAGUCCCUUUCUCAAAACUUUCAAAAUCAAAACUCACACUGCUAAAACCCUCACUCUCUUUAAGAGGAAGCGAGGGUCAAGUCAAAUUCGAAAAUCAUCAAAACUAAUUCAAAGUAAAAUCCCACUGCCACUAUAAUUUGAUCCCUAACCUUGGCCUUGAAAAUGAUUCGUAUGUGAAUGUGAAGGAUGCAGGUUGUAAGAGGACGGAUAUUCUGCUCCAAGUACUCGGCUGCUCCUGCAACAUGGGUUGGUGUACGGCGUGGAAGAUCAUUUGCUGCUUCUCUCCCUUCUCCUUCUGACUCUCCCAAGCGAAAAAGAGUCUCAAAGGAUGAACGUCGAGAUUUGAUCGAAUCUUUUGUUAACAGGUAUAAAUCAGUGAAUGGUGGGAAAUUCCCAUCUGUAACUGCAGCUCAAAAAGAAGUGGGUGGCUCUUAUUAUGUUGUUAGGAAGGUUCUUCAAGAGUUGGAAUAUAAAUCUAAAAUAUGCUCCUCAAACAGCAGUUAUGAAAAUUUAUCAGCAAAAGCUGCCAAUAAAGUGGAUAAACCAUUUUCUGUAGUUGAAGUGAUCUCAACUGUAGUCCAAGAUGACACUUGUGCAAGAGCUAUGGAUGAUGUAAAGAUGCAUGACACAAAUGACAAGCAACUGGAGGCUGACAGAGGUAGUUGUCAUGAUUUUGUUUUGGAAGAAAAUAGUGUGCUGAAAGUUGAUGCUAAGGGCCUUGAGAAACAAGAGGAUGAUAAAGUAGGGGGUCUUGAGAUGGAUGAUUUUGACAAUUUUCUAAUAUUUCCAGACAAACAAAAAAUUGUCGAAGCUACUGAUCAAGAUCUUGAAUCAGACAAGCUGUUUAAAACUGAAUCUCAAGGUGUUCAAUCUGAGUUUGGUGUAGUCAAAGAUGAUCUACCAAAAGAAGAAACUCAGAUUGGAAAUGAAGAGGGUGAUAAAAAGGAGCAGGCUAUAUCAAAGGAGUCACUAGAUUCUGGGAGUCCAGAGCCCAAGGCUGAGCACCACCCAAAAAUCCUACCAGAGGAAAAAUAUAAGCACCACCCAGAAUUCCUAGAAGAGGAAAAAUAUGCAAGGAACCCCUCUAGUGAGCAGACUGAAAAUGCAGAAGGUUCGAAGAAGUCAACUCUGUGGGGGAACCUUAAGUCAUUUGCUGGUGGAAUUAUUAAUAUAUGGAGAAAGCUGUGAAUCUUUGUUGGCAUCAGUGGGAGAAAUCUGAAAAUUUUAUGAUGGUGUCAUUCAAACAUUUUGUGAACUGAAUGGUUUUUUUGGGAAAAUAAUGGAAAUAUACAAGAUCAACCAGGGAUUUUUUUUUUUUUUUUGGCUGUAUUGUUGUCUCAAUUAUAUGCACCAUGCGUUCCAGCCAGUAAUCCCACUGUUGGGAAAAUUUUAAAUUGUAGGCAAAAUGGUUAUUAAAUGGAUGAAUUGAAAUUGUAAUGUGAAUGAAGAGAAAA